GAAAGCCACAGUUCAAGUCAUGGGGAAACAUCUUGCAGUUGUUUUCACCAUGUUUAUCAGAAUCUAUAAUGUUUUGACACCGAUUGUGUGGUAGAAAUUGUAAAUUGUGGUCGUAACUUGAUUCAAUUGCUUCGGUGGCAACACAGUCUUGAGCUGAAAAACACUUUUCUUUUGCUUGGUAGCUAUAAAUUUGAAGUUUUCAGUUCUAAUCACUGUGUUAAUAUAGGUGAUGAGGCUGCCAAUUCCCCGGAUGUUGCAGAUUAUCACAUGGACUUGUUUACCGUACUUAAAGUAAGAACACUGCAUGUUAGCUCUGCGGUCCUGGCUGGGAAGAGUAUGUUCUUCUACAAGCUCUUCUCUAACGGGAUGAGGGAGUCGCAACAGACACACGUCACCCUGAGAAUCGAAGCAUCUGAGGAAGCUCCAAUCAUGGAGCUUUUGAACUUUAUGUAUAGAAGUUCUCUGAGUGCAACCUCCCCGCCUAACUUGCUGGACAUUUUGAUGGCAGCGGACAAGUUUGAGGUGGCGUCCUGCAUGAGAUACUGCAUUCGGGUAUUGUUGAGCAUACCCAUGACAGUGGAGUCUGCAUUGCUCUACUUAGAACUCCCUUUCAAUGUGCGAAAGGCUAAUGUUGUUCGCCCAUUGAUUAUAGCAGCAAAACAGUAUCUCGCUACUCGGUACAAGAACAUCACAAAGCAUCAGGAGGAGCUGAUGGGACUGCCAAUUGCUGGGGUGGUGGCAUUAUUAUCCAGUGAUGAGCUGCAGGUUGCAUCUGAGGAUGUAGUGUUCGACUUCGUGCUGAAAUGGGCUCGAACCCAGUACCCUAGUCUUGAAGAGAGGAGAGAAAUUUUCAGAUCAAAACUUAUCCACUUCAUCCGCUUCCCGUACAUGACCUGCGACAAGCUGAGGACGGUCCUAACUUGCAACGACGUCGACCAUAGAGUGACUUCUAAACUAGUAUUUGAUGCCUUGUAUUUCAAGAAUGAGGUACCACACGUGCAAAAGAUACUAGCUGCGAAAUCGGCUUCCACUGGCCGUCGCUUCGUUGAGCGGUCAUACAAGUACCGUCCUGUUAAGGUUGUGGAAUUUGAACUUCCACACCAACAUUGCGUGGUUUACUUAAACCUGAAACGGGAGGAGUGUGCCAACUUGUUCCCCUCUAGCCGCAUCUGUUCACAAGACUUCCAUUUAGGCGGUCAGAGGUUUUUCUUGUCAGCGCACUGCAAUAUGAACCAGCGGAGCUUCUACCAUUGCUUCGACUUGUUCUUGUGCAUGCAUGAGAAAGACUCUUCCAACAUCACUAUCGGCUAUAAAUUUGAUGUUCGGUCAAGGUCAUCCUUAGAAUACAUCAACAAGCAUAAAGGAAACUUUGUAUUUACUGGGGGAAGAGCAGUCGGUUACCGGAACUUUUUUGGCAUACCAUGGACAUCAUUCAUGGCGGAAGACAGCCUCUUCUUUAUUAACGGAAUCCUCCAUCUUAGAGUAGAGCUCUCCGUCUUAGAGCAGAGCUAGCUGGAUUUCAAUAAUCUUGUAGUUUGAUAUCUCUGAUAUUUUGUUGCACCUUUAUUUGUUUCUCUUUUAACUCUCUGUAAUUAUUUAGUUGUAAAUUUAUGACAAUUUAUUCUUGGUGGCUAGUGAUACAUAUUUCACAGUCAAAAAUGUCUUUGCAAUCU